AUGCUUUGCUAUCUAUCGAAAACAUCAAAUGUUCAUCGAAGCAAAUGACAUUAAAUCGAUUUUGAGCAAACCAUAACAAACAAGCAAAACUUUCAAAUGAAAUUGAAAUUUAAUUUCAAUUCGUUUUGAAUCUAUAUAUUUUUUUCUUCGCUUAUUAUUCGAGUUCAAAAUGGAGUGGAAUCAACUGAUGUCCUACGGCUGUAUGGCAGCAGCUGCGUUGUAUGUGGCGUAUGGCAAUGGAAUCCCAAUGAUGGUGCAAUGCUACCAAAAGAUGUUUGAUCAAUUGGAGGAGGCAAAACAUAAAAGCAAACCGGGCGAUAGAUGCAUUUGCUGUCUGGAGGUGAUGUCUGAGGAGGAUUGGCAUGUAUUAAAAUGUCAUCAUGCUCUUCAUAAGGAGUGUUUCGAGGAAUUGAGGCAAUUGCGUAACACAUGCCUAAUUUGCGGCAAAGUAUACGUCUACUCUUCCAGUCAACCGGGUGAGAUUUGUAUCAUUUGCAUGGAUGAUGAAAAUCCGUUGAACAUCCAGAAUAUGACUUACCUUGCCUGUAAUCAUGCUCUACAUGAAUCUUGUUUGACCACAUACAAAGAAAAUGGCUACAGAAAUUGUCCAUUUUGUCGCAAGGAUAUCUAAAUGUGAUCAAAUUACUCAAUUUUGUUUAUUUUAUACGAUUAACGAAUAGUUAUUUACUAGUCCCUGUGCUUGUUUAAUAGUUUUUUGAUUAUGUUAAAAUUUAAUCAAUAAAAACUAAUCCACAAUGAAAAUCUACAA